GUAGCACGUGUCGAAAUACGUUGCCGCCGGCUUCUGAUGUACGUAGACGGCAAUCCUCGCCCUCGAUGCGUCACGACUCACCAGGUCCGACCACCUAAGGGUCAAACCGUGUAUUCCGCCGGACGAGACCAAGCGCUUCGAUGGCAGUCUGCUUUCUCUCCACCUUCCCGACCAAAGGUCUCGACGUUGCGUAGUUCCUACCCUUCAGGUUGACACUAGACAGCAGCCAGCUUUUGGGUCACUUACAUACAACCGUGUGGCUUCGUACGAGAUCUUAGGCCUAGAUCCAACCCGGACCGCUCGCAACAUGAACCCACGGUUCUCGGGGAAGCAUAGCCUGCCGUCAUAUGCAGCUGGCGAGAGCCGCGAGACCAAGUGGGAACACGAUAUAAGUGGACUUCCUGCAGGAGAUGAGGCCCGACGACCCGCCAGGAUGCUGUCGCAACGGUUCUCGUCAUGGGCUCUGCCUGCCCUGCUGUCGCUUGUCCUCGUCGUGCUCACUGGACCCUUGACCAAGAGCGCCAGCGCCGUGAAACUGCGCAAUGCUGACGCCAUCCAGGACCUUGCUGCUCGCGCAGACCCGCCGCGCCAGUCGGACAACUACACCGAGGCCGUUCAAUGGGAUAACUACACGAUUUUCCUCAAUGACCAGCGCAUGUUCCUUUACUUCGGCGAGUUCCAUACCUGGCGUCUUCCUGUGCCCGACCUAUGGUUGGAUAUCUUCCAGAAGAUGGCUGCAGCGGGGCUCAACGGUGCCAGUGUAUACACUCAUUGGGCGUUGACGAAUCCGGCCCCCGGAGUGCUCGAUUUUGACGAUUGGCGGGCACUACAGCCCAUCUACGACGCCGCCAAACAAGCGGGUCUUUUCAUAACUCUACGUCCCGGCCCCUAUAUCAACGCAGAGACCACAGCCGGUGGGAUUGCUCUCUGGGCAACAAGCCAGGUGGCUGGAGAACUGCGCACGAACGCGACCGAUUAUCACGAAGCCUGGACGCCAUACAUCAAAGAAGUUGCAGCUAGCGUCAUCGGGAACGAGGUGACGGAUGGUGGACCAAUCCUUGUGGUUCAGAUAGACAACGAAUAUUAUCAAACGCCAGAAACGGGUGCCUACUUCGAAGAGCUGGAGGCAGCCUAUCGCGACGCUGGCAUUGUCAUUCCUCUGACCUACAAUGACCCUGGCGAAGGAAAGAACUUCGUCAACGGGACUGGCGCAGUGAAUAUCUACGGAACGGACUAUUACCCUCAAGGUUUCGACUGCUCGAACCCUGCCGUCUGGAGCCCUGUUGGCACGAACUACCAUUCAUACCACGAAACGACCAACCCAAGUCAGCCCUGGUACAUGCCUGAGUUCCAAGGUGGCUCCUUCGAUCCCUGGGGUGGCCCUGGAUACAACGCAUGCGAGACGUUGACGGGACCUGACUUCAUGGACGUGUUCUACAAGCAGAACUGGGCUGCCAACGUGAAGCUCAUCUCAUUCUACAUGAUCUACGGUGGAACGAGCUGGGGAGGCUUGCCUUACCCAGGAGUAUAUACCAGCUAUGACUACGGCUCCCCUAUCAGGGAGAACCGUGCCUUGUCAGACAAGUACGACGAACUCAAGCGACAAGGGCUUUUCUUGCGAAGCUCGCCAGAGUUCUACAAGACCGACUGGGUAGGCGAUACGGACACCACGAUGCCAGGAGUGACCGUCAACGGGACAGAGGUCUACGUGACCUAUCUGCGCAACCCCGACACAGGGUCAGGGUUCUUCAUCGCCCGUCAGGCAAACUCUAGCUCUCUCGCGGACAUCACCUUCAAUAUCUCCGUGCCCACUUCCGCCGGGAUGCUCUCGAUCCCCCAGACGAUCUCCUCAAUUGCCCUGAACGGUCGGCAGAGCAAGAUCCUCGUCACGGACUACUCGUACGGUGCCAAUUCGCAGGUGCUCUAUUCGACUGCCAGUAUCCUGUACGCUGGCGCCAUCGGCAACCGCGAUGUGCUCUUCCUCUACGGCGACUCCGACCAGGCUAGCGAAGUCACCCUCUCACUCUCGGGCAGUGGCACUCGUGCGAAUGCGUCUGUAGCUUCGUUCUCUGGCGAUGCGAGCAACGCCAGUCUCACUACGGUGACCCUGCUCGACGGCAUCAAGGGCGUGGUCACCGUCUUCGAGUCUGACUCACAGCUCGUGCUCUACGCAGACUCUGUCACCGCAGCCACGUUCUGGGCUCCCGUGAUCCCGUCGAGCACUGCCGCUUCGUUCAACAACUACUGGCAAUUCGGUUCGAACGAGACCGUCCUCGUCGGCGGCCCGUACCUCGUCCGCAACGCCAGCAUCUCCAACGGACAGCUUGCGCUGAGGGGUGACCUCAACCAAAGCGUCAUGCUCACGGUCGUGGCGCCGGAGGAUGUCAGUUCUGUUACGUGGAACGGCGCGGAGGUCCAGACGGCUUCGCUGACAUCGACGGGAGGUAUACUCACUGGAUCACUGGAAAUGAGCACAUCGUUGAGCUCGAUCAGCGUACCCGCAUUGACAGGCUGGAAAUACGCAGACAGCCUGCCGGAGGUGUCGACCGGCUAUUCGGACGCGGAGUGGACCCUUGCUGACCAUACCACCACGAACAUACCUGGAUACGUGUACGGCGACGGACGAAUCCUAUUUGGCUGUGACUAUGGAUUCUGUGAGAACAUCGUACUGUGGCGAGGCCACUUCAACGGUACCGAGUCCACUACAUCGGUCAACCUGACCAUCAACGGUGGUCAAGGCUUCGCUGGCUCUGUCUGGUUGAAUGGCCAGUUCCUCGACUCGACCUGGAGCACCGCAGAUGAGCAGACGACCCAAGUCUACAAUUUCCCGGAGGGAUCUGUACUUAUCGGUCAGGACAACGUGAUCACUAUUAUUCAGGAUGGACAAGGCAACGAUGAAGCUGACGAUGAGAAGUCUCCGCGCGGUAUUCCUGGCUACCAGCUCAACACCGGUAACUUCACCGAAUGGCGUGUGCAGGGCAAGUUCGGAGGUUAUACCGAAUAUCCGGACAAGGUCCGCGGGGUACUGAAUGAAGGCGGCUUGUACGGCGAGCGUCAGGGUUGGCAUCUCCCAGGUUUCGACACGUCGAACUGGACCUCUCAAGAGCUGUCCGAGGGCCUCCCGUCCGGCGGAGCGGGUGUCGGAUUCUUCGUCACCACAUUCGACCUUUCCAUCCCGGAGGACACGGACACGCUGAUGUCAUUCCAGUUCGACACCACCAAUCAGCCGUACCGGGCAUUGCUGUUCGUCAAUGGAUGGGAUUAUGGCAAACGUGUUGCCAACAUUGGGCCGCAGACGAAAUUCCCGGUUCCUCAAGGCAUCCUGGACUACCAGGGCACGAAUACGGUCGCAGUAGCGCUGUGGGCCUUGGAAGACGAGCCAGUAGCACCGACUCUCGACCUCGUCGUUGAUGACGUGAUUGAAGGCGGCGUGGGCCCGAUUGCCGUAAACAAUCCUGCAUGGUCACCCCGUGUUGCCUCGUGAAAGCUCACGAAACCGAUUUUGGGGACUUUUGAACUUGGACUAUGUUUUGGAUGUCAGUAGCAUCAUGUAUGUCGAUGAAUCACAGCUGCAUUGUCUUGCUCUCAGGCUAUAAUCAUCGUCACGCUUGGUAGCUAAUCUCGAGGCUGGAGAGUGGGUUUGUGCUGACG